AGUAAUUUUCCAAACCUAUAGUUAUUAGAUACAGUUAUUACCACUAAACCAAGUAUUUUUUUGUAUUUAUUUACGGGGAGUAGUUGCGUGAGACCAAUUACUAACACACGUUAUCAAAAUACACAACCGGAUGAUCUUAUUGUAUAAUCGUCAAUGAUUCUAAUAAUGACACUGAUAUUAUUAUCUUUUAUGCUCACGCUAUCCAUGCCAUCUUUUGUUUAUUGGUUUAAUUCAGUACAAAAAAAAUCGAUUAUUAAAGCGGUGGAUUCCUUAAUUAUAAGUAGCAAACUUAGAUUGGUACAAUUUUCAAUUCAUUGAUACUAAAUUGGGAUAAAUGGAGUCCUUUCAAUACAGCCCGACUCCGUCUUUAGAGAGCCUUAUCUUCUUGCACGACUGAUGAUCAAGACUUUGGCGAAAUCGGUGUCGACGGAACUCUACAUCGUGGUGGCUUUGAGGUCCCUGAGGCGAAAGAAAGCCGUGGGUGUAACAACAGAACUGGAUCCAUGGCUUUAAACUCUAGUUUGUUGAGUCAAUACCAUGCUAUUGCGGAACGACGUAGAAGAGACAAACUUAGCCAAAGAUUCAUUGCUCUCGCAAAAGUCAUUCCUUGCUUUGAAAAGAAGGAUAAAAGAUCUGUGCUUGAAGAAGCAAUUAAGUACGUGAAACAGCUCCAAGAACGUGUUAAAGACCUUGAAGAAAAAGCAAAGCCUCAAAAUGUUGAAUCAGCAAUGCUAGUGAAGAGGAAACAUAAAAACAAAGAAACCGUUGAUUUGCAAUUUCCAGAAAUAGAAGCUAAAGUAAGCAACAAGGACGUGUUGCUUAGAAUUUAUUGUAAGAACCAACAUGGAUUACUAGAAACGAUAUUGAACGAAAUGGAGAAGGUUAACUUGUCUAUUAAUGGUACCAGCUUUCUUUCUUUUGGGAAUCAUGACAUGGAUAUCACUACAAUCGCCAAGAUGAAUGAAAACUUCGGAAUCACAGCAAAGGAGCUUGUGCAAAAACUAAGGAUGGUUCUCUAAGCUAGCUGCAUCUUACGAAGUACUACGUACAUGCAUACUUUUGUCAAACAAUGGAUUUGUUGUACCAGUAUAAGUACAUAUAGGCCUUUGGCAAAUCUAAAUGGAGGAAUCCUUUCUCGUACUUAAUUGAUAUGGAGUACUUUUUCAUUAAGUGGAAUAUUUAAUUUAGUAAUGCUAUACACAGCCCUUAGGAAUACAAUUAAGCAUUUAAUAUCUUUCCAUUUUUGGUAUAAGUUUAGGAAUGCAUGACAAAAUCACGCGUAAAUCAAUGUAAUUGAUGAAUAUAUUUCAUUAAUAAUUUUUUCUUUUAACUUCUUAUACAUAUCCCUUAGGCCUACAUAAAGCAUUUUCCUUUUAUUUAACUUAACAAUUAUACUACUCGUCAAAUUUCGUUGAAAAAAAAAAAUAUGUAUCACAGGUCCUUAGAGCACUCCCGGCAGUGAGGAAAAAAGCCCUCACAAGUAAAAAUAAAGGUGUAAAAAAAAUACC